AUGGAUAUCAAUCAACCACCACGGCAAGCAGUAUCCCCAGACUCUGUAAUUUCUAAACCUCCUUCCCCUGUAGCUCGCUCCCCUGUAAAUUACCUCUCAAAUCAAACCUUCGCACAAAAGCUUCUUCAAAAUGAUAUGUUCCCAAACAUGGUUGAUGCGCCAACGUCAUCCUUGAUUGUAAAGUUAGUGGGUCGAAAAUUGGGCUACCCGGUUCUAAAGAGGGAGCUACAGGACUUGUGGAAGCUCUCCGAAGAAUUAAUUAUGAUCGAUUUGGGUUGUGAUUUCUACUUGAUUAAGUUUACCCAAAUGCAAAAUAUGCUACAUGUUCUACAUGAUGGUCCGUGGUUUAUAUUCAACAAUUUUCUCUCUGUUCAAAAGUGGGAACCCAAAUUUGUGGCAUCACAAGCUCGAAUUACCCACACAGCCAUCUGGAUUCGUUUGCAGGAGUUGCCUACGGAGUUUUAUGAUAUGGAUGUUCUUCAAAAAGUUGCUGCCGAAAUUGGGCUGCUCUUGAAGGUGGAUUUCUGCACGUCAACAACUUCCAGAAGUAGAUACGCUCGUCUGUGUGUUCAAGUACCUUUGGAACAAUCGUUACUUCACCACCUAUUUAUUGGAAAUCACAAACAAAUUAUUCGCUACGAAGUUGCUACUUUGCUGUGUACAAACUGCGGAUGA